GAGUGGACGUGCCUCUCUUCAGUUCGUGCACGACUCUUGCCUCCGCAGUGCACUGUUGGAUAGCGCUCAGUACAGUCAGUCUGCGCCGGGACGCUGCACGCACGCACUAGUGACCUGCCAAUGCGACGCAUCUCACUCUCAAAAGGUCUCGAACGCUACACGGCAGCGAAGAGCAUGGGGAAUUGACUGCGGACUCAUUGAUAAAGAAUUGCCACUGGAAUUAAAAUGAACAAUUCGUCCUGUAUGUUCUUUUGCAGUAUCCAUUUAGUAUAGUCUAUUUGUUUAUGACACUGUAGGAAACCGAAGCAUGGCGGGUACCUUAUCAUUGGUUAUGUUCUUUGGAGUGGUUGGGGUAUUGGUGGCUUCUAAGACGGAGCGGGCGGUGCAGGUGCCCUGUGAGUCAGGCCAGUACACCAAGGGUGGAGAGUGCUGCGAGGUGUGCCCACCUGGAGAGGGGGUGGUGAGGAGGUGUGGUGCCAACCAGACCGUCUGCGCCCAGUGCCUAGACAGUGAGACCUACUCAGAGACCUACAGCCACACAGACACCUGUAUCCCCUGCACCAUGUGUACAGGUCUGAUGCGCAUGCAGACGCCCUGCACUGACUCCAACAAUGCCAUCUGCGUGUGUGACUACAACUACUACCUGAAUGAGGUGUCUGGGCGCUGCGAGCCCUGCACGGUGUGCCCGGCGGGCCAGGGCGUGUUGGCACACUGCGAGCACAACCACGACACGGUGUGUGAGGAGUGUAUAGACGACACCUACUCCGACCGGGACAGCUCCCUGGACCCCUGCCUGCCCUGCACCAUAUGUGAUGAGGGCAUCGAGGUGGAGCUGAGCGCCUGCACCCCCGUCAGCGACUCCCUCUGCCACAAUCCUCUCUUCCAGUCCUACACGUCUCCCACCUUUCCCCUGGACCUGUCUUCCCCUUCUUUCACAGACAUCUUCCCACCAGACAGCUCCAGCAGCCCCUCCCCGGGGGGAGAGAGCACCACGGCCCAGCCCAGCCCUCACUUCAUCAGACCGGGCUUCAACGAGAACCUCAUCCCCAUCUACUGCUCCAUCCUGGCUGCUGUGGUGGUGGGGCUGGUGGCCUACAUCGUCUUCAAAAGGUGGAACAGCUGCAAGCAGAACAAACAGCCGGCUAACAACCACCAAGCCACAGCAGCCAAUCAAACGGUGAUGCCGGAGGGGGAGAAGCUGCACAGCGACAGCGGCAUCUCAGUGGACAGCCAGAGUCUGCAGGAGCAGCAGCAUGCAGCCCAGGCCCAGGUCCAGACACAGACACACAGACAGGAACAGAUAGUGGUGAGGGUGGAUGGGGGACCUGACUCACCUCCCCCCCAGGUCUGAGGAAGAGGAGAAGCCGCUGACAGGAAGGAGGAAAAGGAGGAGAGGGGGAAGUGGGGUUGCCAUGGAAACCUUGAUGUGGGAAUGGACCUACAGUAUAAGAGUCCAGACUGAGUGGGCUUCUUGGAUACAACAAGGAAGUUGACGACAUUAUCGGCCAUUUUCACCAAGGGUGGCCACUGGUUUCUGACUGGCCUCUUGUCCCAGUAUGGACCCUUAUUGGACAGACUGGAGCAUCAGAGGCUGACCCAGUAUCUCUACACAGAACCCAACUCUGCCAGUGUGUCUUUGAACACUAAGCCUCUCCGCCAGUACCAACCCUAAUACCAACCCCAACCCUAAUAUCAACCCCAACCCCAACCCCAACACCAACACCAACCCCAACCCCAACCCCAACACCAACACCAACCCCAACACCAACCCCAACAGCAACCCCAACACCAACCCCAACACCAAACCCCUGCCUCAAGUCACUAAAGUUGCAAUAUCACUACCACCCAUAAUCCAAGAAGCAUCACUGUGUUAGAUAUCCUGGUCUCUGUCUUUUCUGUCAGCUGGUGUUGACCAAUCAUUAUGAAAGUGUGUUAGUAUGUUAUCCCAUGACAGAGUUUUAUCAUGUGUCCCCAUAAGUUCACUGCCAACUUCCUUUGACCAUUUGCUAAAAUUAAUAUUCAUCCACCCCCCGAUUCCCCCCUACUCACUCACAUCAUCAAAUGUUUGUGCCUCAGAGGUAGAUAAACUCUCUGUCCCCUCUCUCCCCUUGUCUGUACUCUCUCUCUCUCAGCGUGUAACUAUCUGUCCCUCUUUCCACCCCUCCAUCUAUUCCUAUCCUAUCCUAGUGUGUUCUCAGGGCUAGUCCUGCAGUAGUCUCUCAGUGACUCCGUCACACCUCCAGACUGUCUUCUCAGACCUCAGCAGCCUGUUGUAAUCCUCCAUGUGAUCCUGUCUGAUAGUAUCCCACUGUUAUCUAUUCAACAUAACUCAGUGGGGGAACGGUUAUGCUGCGUUUAGAUGGUACGAGGUAGACGGCGUUCGGAUGUCAUUGUUUUCAAUGAGAGCACGAUGGUAAAUGCCGUUGAGGUCACGGUAGACAGGACAUGCCACCAGAGUUAAAAUAUUUAAACUUUUGUUGUCUGUCAUAUCGUUGUUUCUACCGGAUGUUGAUUUGCACUGUUUGUUUACCGAAAUCACCAUAGCAACCAUACCAUCGUGCUGGCUUGCUUUCUUCUUGUAUUCCGCCUCUCUUAGGGGUUUGAGUUACAAGGCUUCCUCAGCAGUGCAGCUCCAUUACCCCAGGAGCUGUGAUAUGCAAUAUGAGGAGCAUUUUUGGACUGUUGAACAUUGCUGACUCAUUGACCUGACACGUAAUGUGAUGUCCAACUGCCAAAAAUGGAACUGUGACGUCAUCAGAAAGAGGCUCGGCAGUAUCAGUAUUCGAGGCUGUUCCAUGGUAGCCUGACGAGAGUUGGCUAGAAAUAGUAUACAGAGUUUAUAUACAAACACUGUAUAGUAGGCUAUACUCAAGGCUCCCCUUAAAUAUCCAUUACAUUGUACUUGCUAAUGAGUGGAGACAUGGGACACUCGUCAGAGACUUCCGUCUCACUGAAAUAAACACGAGCACUUGCACACACACACUCACGUGCAGAUAUGUGUGUGUGCUAAAGAGUGUGCGGUGGCGCUAAUGUGUCUGCUGCGGUAUGGUAUGGUAGAGGUAUGGGAAUAAACACAGGGGCCAUUAGGGAGACAGUCCUGGCAGGCAGGUAUAAUUACCUCAGGGUUUCAGGUUCAUUUAGCUUCACUCAGUCAGCUGGCUCUCAUCUGGAUCCCUCUGUUCUGUACUGCACAGAGACAUACAGGACGCUUUUAAAGUGGCAACAAUGUGACAUUACCAUUGCUCACCUCUCAUGUGUCUGAGAGAGCAGUGACAUUUUACUGUAUCACAAUAGUGAUCUGAAGCACUUAUACACCCCCCCACCACACUCUCUCUGAUGAUAAACUGUAUGUAUGUGUUGCCUUUGAUCACUUUUGUAUGUAUCUAUAUUGGCACGCAGCAUACUGAACACGCAGUAGGUACUAGAUGUUGACAAUGUAGCUACGCUUACUGUAACUGUACUGCUUUGAAGUCCAGGUUUGAUUCCCAGGGACAUGUGAUUACUCAGGGUCCCUUUGGUGUGGUUUGAUGCUUGAAUUUAGAUGUAGGUAGAUAGCAAAGUAGAGAUAUUAGCAGAGAUACUUUUGUGUGUGUGUAAGAGAGAGCGAGAGAGAGAGAGAAAGAGAGAGAGAGAGAGAGAGAGAGAGAGAGAGAGAGAGAGAGAGAUAAUCUGGUGUAGCAAAGAUACAGUAGGGAAGACGCUCUCAUAGUAGUGAGUUUUGAGGCUUUUGAAUAGAAAACAGACCAACACACCCACACUAUAUUCCCCCUGGAGGCCUCUCUCUGCUUGUGACAUAUCCAGUGGCUUCACACACACAGUGUUUCACACAAUAUUAUUGACAGCAGUGUGAUUCAUAUUGCUCCACAAUGGAAGUGCAGUAGGACCCAGUGGACCAACAGAUUGGCAUAAUACCACUGACUGACAGGAGGGAUUGUCAUCAACGACUGGUGAACAACUGAACCUUUCACUGUGGCUUGCGGCCCCACGGGCCCAAUCUAAC